GCUUUCUAGUUCGAAUUUUCAAAAACCAAGCCAAAAAACAAUUUUAUAAAAAAUACAUUCCAAAAAAUAAAUUAGGCCAAUUAAAUAUUUUCCCAAACAUCAGUCAUAAUUUCCGCAAUAUGGCCUUCUUUCGCAGUGAAUCUAUGACAUUGUGUCAAAUUAUCUUACACAGCGAAUCGGCUUUUAAUUGUCUCAUUGAAUUGGGUUAUUUGGGCCAAGUGCAGUUUCGGAAUAUCAGCAAUGAGCCUGGAGGCGGAGGUGGAGGCGGUACAAACAAUAAUCAAUAUAUAACCGAAAUUCGUAGAUGCCAUGAACUUCAACGGAUGAUCAACUAUUUGGAAAAGGAAAUACAAGCUUUCAAUAUAAAUUUAGUUUUUUAUCCCGAUGUUGACGCAGAAGAAAUACCAAAGGCAACGGACCUCAAGGAUCUAGAGGCGAUUGUAGAGCAGCCAUUUGAAAACGUUAUGAACAUGGAACAAAAUACUGGCAGUUUGAGAAAACAACGGAAUUUGUUGCAUGAACAGUUGGAAGUGUUGAAGGUUGCCAAUCAAUUUUUAAGCGGUGGCCAAAACAACGAAGCUGUAAUGGCCUGGACGGAUAGUGUUAUAAUGCAGUUGAUCCACGAUGAACUGAGACCAAUGACCAAAGAACACAUACAUUUGUCCUUCUUUGCCGGCACCAUUCCCAUGGAGAGAUUUCAUGCCUUCGAAGUGAUGCUGUGGAGAAUAACUAUGGGAAACUUUUUGCUCAAACAUUUCCAGGUGGAAUUUCCUCAAAACGAUGUGGCCCGUCUAUCGGCAGCAAGUGUGAAGAAAUUUGUUUUCAUGUUAUUUUUUGUGGGUCGUGGCCUAAAGGCCCAGGUGGCAAAAGUUUGUCAGGGUUUUGGCAUAAAACUUUUUCAAUGUCCUGAGGCGGCCAAGGAGCGUCAGCAGGAAAUAAUGCAAAUAUCAGAAGAUUUGCUGGAUUUGGAUAAGAUUUUGCAACAAUCUCAGAGUGAGCAGUACCGUAUUCUACUAAUAGCCGCAGCGGAUCUGUAUAUUUGGAAGAUUAAGCUAAAGAAAAUUUUAAUGGUCUACCACAUCCUGAAUCGCAUGGGACGUGUGCGCCACUUGCAUUUGGGGAAAUAUUUACAGGCUGAAUGUUGGAUACCCACAAAGCACAUGGAGUCGGUAAGGAGGGCUUUGGCAAGAGGAGUACGUCGUUCAUCGCAGGACAACAGCAGUUCCAUGUUCAUGCCGCUUUUAAAUGUCGUCCAUAAGCGAUCUUUGGCGUCGAAAGAAAAGCCCACCUACUUUUCAUUGAAUCGUUUUACAAGGGGUUUUCAAAAUCUUAUCGAUGCCUAUGGCAUAGCCGAGUAUCAGGAAUUGAACCCAGCUCCCUAUACCAUAGUCACAUUCCCCUUCCUUUUUGCCGUCAUGUUUGGUGACAUUGGCCACGGUUUGAUAAUGUUCCUGUUUGGCCUUUGGAUGUUGUUGUACGAAAAAUCUCUGGAGGAAAAGCAACGUCUGGCAAGGACAUCCAGUGAAAUUUGGAAUAUUUUGUUUGCUGGGCGUUACAUUAUUGCCUUAAUGGGUGCAUUUUCUAUCUACACCGGAAUAAUUUACAAUGAUUGUUUUUCGAAAUCAUUCAACCUCUUUGGAUCUGCCUGGUCAAUUAGCUAUAAUCAGUCGACGGUAAUGAGUUCCCAUGAAUUGCAAUUGGAUCCUGCCCGGGUGGACAACUUUCGGGGUACCCCAUAUAUCAUGGGAUUUGAUCCCAUAUGGAAGGCAUCCGGAGAAAAUGCCAUAACAACUUCGAAUUCUUUUAAAAUGAAACUUGCCGUUAUCUUGGGUGUGUUUCAAAUGACAUUUGGCCUUAUCCUGUCGGCUCUCAAUCACAUCUACAGACGCGACUUUGUUGAUCUUCUCCUAGUUUUUAUUCCACAAUUUUUGUUUUUGCUUUGUAUUUUUGCCUAUUUGGUAUUCCUCAUAUUCUUCAAAUGGUCUAAUUAUGGUGGACAUUUUGAACAGCCCUACAACUCGGCAUGUGCCCCUUCCAUACUUAUAAUUUUCAUAAAUAUGCUCUUGAUGAAGGGGCCUGAAAUGCCCCCCGAAGGUUGUGAAAUUUGGAUGUUCGAAUAUCAGGACGUCAUACAAAUGCUAUUGCUGGGCAUUGCUCUCUUUUGUGUUCCGAUAUUGUUAGCCGGCAAACCCAUUUGGUUUAUGUUGCAGCAACGAAAAAUACGGAAAAUCAAAAAUGAAGCUAUUCGCCGAACUCGAACCCGAGAUAAUAUAUCAAGUAUUCGAAAAUCGUUGAUUUACAAUGUAGAUGGUUCGGGAUUCGUGUUAUCGUCUCGCAAGAGCUUGGAAAUCGAAAAACAAGAUGUUAGCGAAUUGUGGAUACAUUCGGGUAUCCACUGCAUAGAAAGUGUUUUGGGUGCGGUCUCUCACACAGCCUCAUAUUUGCGUCUGUGGGCCUUGUCACUGGCCCAUGAUCAACUUUCAAGCGUCCUCUGGAAUAUGGUAUUGAAAAUAGCUCUCACUGGCCGUUGGGGCUACAUGAAUAGUUUGCUGUUGGUAGUGGUUUUUGGUUUCUGGGCAAUCUUGACGUUGGCCAUAUUGGUUGUUAUGGAGGGAUUGUCGGCAUUUUUACACACACUACGUUUACAUUGGGUUGAAUUCCAAUCCAAAUUCUAUUCAGGAUCUGGUGAAGCAUUUGCGCCAUUUCAAUUUAAGCGGAGUACAAUGGCAGGUUAAUGGGAUUUAAAAUCAAUUGAAAUUCAAUAAUGUUUUAAUUGCCAUUAUAAUAUUCCAUAUAAAUGAAUCAUUUAAAUUUAAAUU